AUGGCGAGGCGAGGAGAAGAUAGGGGCAUUUCGGAACCCAGACCCUCUUGCUCGACAGAUGAACAACAACAACAGAUUGAUGAUGAGGCCUCCGAUCGUCUCCCCACAGUAUCUCCCGUAUCAGAAUCGCGGCCCUCGCUCCUCUUCUACCCCUCCAUAUCCCAUCGUUUCUGCCAAUUCCUCCUUUUCAUCUCAUUCCUAUCGACUGCAAGGGCGGGUGGAGCCCGCUGUUUCACCACAGAAAAGGGCGUGACGAUAGAUGGGGCAGAAUAUAGGCGAAUACGGAAUACCGAUUUGAGGGGAUGCGCCCUGGAGUGCCGUUCAGACACGUCGUGCUUAGCGUUCGAGUGGAAUCACGAGGACUCCAUAUGCUAUUUGAAGGCCCGAUCACUGACCGGCGAAAUGCACCGGAAAGAGAAUACGGUGGCCGGUUUCUGCAUCGACGAUGGUCAGUUCAACGAGUUUUAUUUUGCA